UUUUUAAUCAAAAGAAGAAAGGAACCAGAACCAGGCCUCCCGCUAUAUGUCUCAGAUGACAAUUGAAUCUCCCAGCGUUCCAACUUCCAACAGUUCACAGUUUCUCUCCCAAAAAAGAUCAGAAAUGGCCGUCAAAUACUCUGUUAAAAUCACAAUCCAGUGCUCCCCAGAGCUGCUUCAAUUCCUUAUUCUGCUCUUCUUCCUUUUAACCUUCUCUGCAACCUCACUGACCUUCGAAUUCUCCAGCUUUCCAUUGUCAGUUGCCAACAUCAAUAUAUCCACCGAAGGAAAUGCUACCCUUGAUGGCUUCCUCCGACUCACCGCAAGUGCGCGUGACGUGGCAGGCAAUUCGAGCGUUGGUAGAGCCACCUACAGAGAAAGCUUCCUCCUCCAACAAAAAUCCACCGGAAAACUCGCUGAUUUUACAUCAAGCUUCAAAUUCUCCAUUAAGUCCGACUCCAGCAGCAACAAAACCGCUGAUGGGCUGGCCUUCUUCCUAGCGCCGGCCGGGUCCUUACUGAACUUCAAAUUAGGACAGGGUAGCAGUCUUGGUCUCCCUGUCGACAAUACGCGGGACGACCGUACCAGGUGGAGUAAUGAAUACCCGUUUGUCGCCGUCGAGUUUGAUACAUUCCCAUUUGGUGUUGAUUGGGGUCUCAAUGACAGUCAUGUGGGCAUCGACAUCAACUCAGUCAACUCUAACGUUACCAAGCCAUGGUCUGGUGGUUUUGAGAAAGAAGGAGAAAAUGAUGCCACAAUUAGUUACGACUCCACCUCGAAAAAUCUUAGUGUUACCUUCACUACGAUUGAAACUGGUGUACAGGUGAACAAAAGUAUCAGUUUGUUAGUUGAUCUGCUUGAUAUCUUGCCUGAUAGGGUCAUCGUUGGGUUCUCUGCUUCAACGGGUGACUAUUUUGCUCUGCAUAAGAUCAUUUCUUGGAGCUUUAAUUCAACUUCCUUGGUAGAUGAAAAUAAAACAAGCAGUACAUCAAAUCCUCCAUCAAAUCCUCCUAAGCCAAUGGUCGAACCCAAGUCAGGAAAUACCAAUGUUGGACUAAUAGUUGGGUUGGUUGUUGGGGGAGGUGUUAUCUUGGCUGGUAUGUUGGGUUUGGUUUGGUUCAUCUUCUGCAGGAAGAGGAGGGAAACAGCUGGGGAAAGUACUGAUGAUGAUACUAGGGUACUUAACGAUUUGAUCCCUGAAGAAUUCGAAAAGGGGACAGGCCCUAGGAAGUUUUCGUACAAUGAAUUGGCCCUUGCAACUAGUAAUUUUGGACAGGGAGAAAAGCUUGGCGAGGGAGGGUUUGGUGGAGUUUACAAGGGCUUCAUCAAAGAUAUGAACUCGUAUGUAGCUGUUAAGAAGAUAUCAAGGGGGUCUAAACAAGGGCUGAAGGAGUAUGCAGCAGAAGUGAGUAUCAUUAGUAGGCUGAGACAUCGAAAUCUGGUGCAACUCAUAGGUUGGUGCCACGAAAAGAAACUCCUACUUGUCUACGAGUUCAUGCCCAAUGGUAGUUUGGACUCUCAUUUGUUCAAAGAAAAAACCUUGUUAACGUGGGAGGUAAGAUACAAAAUUGCACAUGGAUUGGCCUCGGGAUUGCUCUAUCUACACCAAGAAUGGGAACAAUGUGUGCUGCACAGGGAUAUUAAAUCCAGUAAUGUUAUGUUGGAUUCCAAUUUUAACGCGAAACUUGGAGAUUUUGGGUUAGCCAGACUCGUAGACCACGGAAAACUAUCGCAAACAACAAUUGUGGCGGGAACCAUGGGCUACAUGGCUAUGGAAUACGUUACAACAGGAAAGGCUAGCAAGGAAUCAGAUGUCUAUAGUUUCGGAGUUGUGGCUUUGGAAAUAGCUUGUGGGAGAAAACCCAUCGAUCCCAGGUAUGAAGGAAAGCAAAACAAUCUGGUGGAGUGGGUUUGGGAGCUCUAUGGAGAAGGGAAAAUCAUUGAAGCAGCGGACCCAAAAUUGUGGGGGGAUUUUGAUGAGAAGCAAAUGGAGUGCUUGAUGAUUGUCGGGUUAUGGUGUGCUCAUCCGGAUUACAACUCUAGGCCUUUGAUCCAACAAGCAAUUCAAGUACUUAACUUUGAAGUUCCACUGCCCAAACUACCAUUAAAGAUGCCGGUGGCUGCUUUUCCAUUAUCACUCUCGAUGUUGUAUAGUGGUGACACUAAGGGAGGUCAAAGUGAGUCUUCAGGAUAUGGUUCUACCAUCGACUCCUCACAGUUCACCUCAUCUUUUAGCACAAAGUCCAAUCCGUCAGUAAAUUUUCAGGGUCAUAGCGGUCAUUAAGACUAUCGAACUAGCUUGAGUUAGAGAUUAGAAGUAUGUAUGGUUAGAGGUGGAUUCUUCCCUUGUACUUAUUUUUCUCUGUUUUCCUCAUCUGGUGCCUUGGAGGCUUUUGUGUGUAGUGGAGCAAUUGCUUGCAUCGUAUCUCUCAAAUGCAUUUCAAAUCUAGCCAGAUCUUACAUGAAGGCAAUCAAGCUACUGAUGCCCUUGCCAACUAUGGUGCUUCAUCAGAUGGCUUUACUUGGUGGGAUUCAACUCCAAAUUUUAUGAUAGUCAUUGUAAUAGGGAUUGUUUAGGUCUUCCUAAUUUUUGAUUUCGUUAAUUUGUAUUCGUUUAUGUUAGCGGCGUUUCUUAUGCCUGUCCUACCUUCUAAAUCCUUCUUUUCUUUCACUCGCUUGGUCAAGUUUUCAAAAAAAAAAAAAAAAAAGGUAAUCAAGUUACUAAUGCAUUAGCGAAUUUUGGUGUUACUUCUACAAGCUUGGUUUGGUGGGAUCCUGCUCCACCUUAAUUUCAUCAUUGCACACUUCAACAUAGACCACUUGGAUCUUCCAAACUUUCGUUUUCAUUAGUUCCAUGUUUGUUUUUUCUAAUUUAUUUGGGAGGUUUUGGUUUUGAUCCCCCUCCUUUGUACUCUUGUUUUCCUUUUCUUAAUAUAAGAGGGUAGGAAGGAUCUCGUCCUUAACUAUCCAAGCCU